CAGAACAUCGAACGUCGAUCUCGCGCGGAAUUCGUCUUCGUCGCUUUUUAAUAGUUCGCGGGAAACUGAGCAUUUCUGAAUGAAACAGCUAUCCAGCAGGAGCUAUGACUCUUUUUCACCAUGUUGUUGAUCGAGGCGUUAUUAAAAGAAGAUGUAAUGGUCAGCGUCGGGAUUAUCCGCUGUCCUCUCUGCUGGACGGAUACCAGUGCGCGCGACAGGACGAGCACAUUUCAUACGGAGCCUCAGCUGCUGCGGUGCCGCCGUUUGGAUGCACAUUUUCCUCUGCUCCUGGUCAACAGAACAGCCUUGCUGUUGCAAAUGAGGAAGGGUUUGUGACCAUCUUCAAUACUGGAGAAAAACAGAGCUCUGUGCUGAAAGAGUGGCAGGCACACGAUAAUGCAGUUUUUGACAUUGCCUGGGUUCCUGGUGCAAACAGCUUGGUAACAGCGUCUGGUGACCAAACGGCCCGUCUGUGGGAUGUUAUUACUGGUGACCUGCUGGGAACAUUUAAAGGACAUCAGUGCAGUCUUAAAUCAGUGGCUUUUUCCAAGCGAGAGAGAGCUGUUUUUAGCACUGGAGGCAGAGAUGGGAACAUAAUGAUUUGGGACACAAGAUGCAGUAAAAAAGAUGGUUUCUACAGGCAGGUAAAACAGAUCAGUGGUGCCCAUAUGAAACCUGAAAAAUACACACCUCAAACAAAGAAAAGGCGUGGGAUGGCGCCCCCUGUGGACUCCCAGCAGGGUGUGACGGUGGUUUUGUUCUGCGACGAAAACAAACUCAUCUCCUCAGGAGCAGUAGAUGGGAUCAUUAAAAUGUGGGAUUUGCGGAAGAACUACACUGCAUACUACCACAACCCCCUCCCUCUACAGGCCUAUCCUUACCCAGGCUCCUGCACACGCAAACUAGGUUAUUCUGGUCUGUCACUGGACUCCACUGGCUCCAGACUGUUCUCCAACUGCACAGAUGACAAUCUCUACAUGUUCAACGUCAGCGGUUUGAAAACAACUCCAGUUGCUGUGUUCAGCGGUCACAGUAACUCCUCAUUUUAUGUGAAGUCCAGUGUCAGCCCAGAUGACCAGUUCCUGGCCAGUGGUUCAAGUGACCAUCAUGCUUACAUAUGGAAGAUUUCAGACCCGAAACAGGCUCCCAUGAUGCUUCAAGGCCAUAGCCAGGAAGUCACAUCAGUGGCCUGGUGCCCCACCAAUUUCACAAAGAUUGCUUCCUGCUCUGAUGACAACACUGUUAGGAUCUGGCGCUUAAAUCGCAGACCAGACGGAGAAAACUCAUCGAACCGAGAUCCAAACCUCGUAGGCUGGACACUUCGUAAAAUCCAAUCACCACCCAGAGCACCUGGCCCUUACAUCCCUGUUGAAGUCACUCCAGCCAAAAGUCCUGGAUCAGAGAGGGCCGUCUCUCUGGCUUCACCCCAGCCUGCUGCUUGCGCUCCUACGGGUGCUGAUUUACCCCAGCCAUCAAACACAUCUGCUCCUUUGGCCAAGGUCACCAGCCCCAAAAUGUCCUCAUCCAUCCAGCAGUGGAUCAGCCGUGGUAGUUCCCCCGGUCACCGCGAUACAUCUCCUCUUCGUAAGGUGCUCACACCUGUCCUCCAGGGCCCUUCCUCUGAACGCCGUGCAAAGCGCCGACUGGAAACAGGUGAUGGGUCUGGUUUGGGAGAGGAGAGUGACGGGCUGUCUGACCUGCAUCCCGAUGUAAAGAGGAGCAGGAGUUCAGUAAGCACACAGAACGAGAAAGGUGAUCUGUUCAGUUUGCAAACAGAGGAGAGGCUCAGCUCGGCUGGACAAGUUGGCACUGGCAAAGAGAACAGCUCUCCGAGGAGGUCUGAUUGGCUUUCUGCGAUCAGCCAGAGAUUUAAAGGCUCAGCUCAACCAAAAAGCCCCAACGGCAGCAGCAAACGGCACGAUGCAAGAACACACAGCUCUCCAGCAGCAGUCUCACCAUGUCCAACAAGAGUUGUCUCUCCACCGUCAACCAAGAAAGCAUCUCCAUCCAAACUCAUGAAAAAAAUCUCUAGCUACUUCGUGAAAAGAACCCAAGACUGAUCAUUGUGUGGCAAGAAAUCAAGAGUCUGUUUCAUAUGACACAUCUAUGGUUUAAGUUCAGGUCCAGUUUUUUUUGAGACCAAGCUUAUGUAUUUAUGUAUGUGAUGUGUAUAUAUAUUUUUUUUAUCUAAUUGUUUUUAAAUAUGUAUAAGUUUUCAAAAAGGUUUUGGUAAACGUUAUAAAACUAGAUGAAGUCAUUCGACACCGCAAUUAAACUCUACAAGUUUUCUGAAGCCUCCACGUUUAUCUGUGAUGCAUUUGAAAAUAGUUUUGAGCUUAGUACAUGAUUCAACACGCAUUUUAAAGUAACUGCAUUUCUAUCAGAUUCUAGGUAAAUUUUAAGAGCAUCAGUACUUUAAUAUUUUUGUUUUGACCUUCAAAAAAUGUGAUGCCCUUUCAGCUUGUCUGAUCCUGAACGUGGGUCACAUUUUCAGAGUUCUUUAUUGAUUGUAAAGCAGCACUUUACAUAAAUCCAUUUUCAAUUAGCCUCAGUGCUUUUUAGUUAUUGAAUAUCUAUAAUGCAGUGAGUUUCAAAAUGAUUUAAACACUUUUUACAUUCUCCAUGACAAUGUUUCUUAAGUUUGUCUGGAAUGUGACUUGACCUGAUAGUCUGGCCUUCCAUGUUUUGAUCCUGCUUGUUCUUGUCUUGCUUGUGUGUUUUGCCUCAGGUGUUCAGCAUGGUUGAUCAAAACUAUUUUACUUCUAGAUUCGAGAAGCUCAGUUUCAACCAUAACCCAUUUUAAAUGAAAAUAUGCAAUUCUGUGUACUUAAGUGGUUUGUUUAAUCUAGAAAUGAAAAUUUAACCAUGCUCAUUUCUAGGUUAAAUUGUAACUUCAAACCCAUAUGACUUUUUUUCUUUGUGAUGGAGUUAUGUAAAAUUUACCAGUCAUUUAUUUGCAUGGGGAAAAACGAUGCAUGAACUGACGAUGGCAAUCACUAUCAUUCAUCUAUUUUUGUCUUCCAAAGAAAAAAAUUAAGUCAUAUAGGUUUGGAACGGGCUGAGCAUCGAGCAGUUGGUUUUAUUUCGCAUUUUUCUGGGAUGAACCCGACUCAUGUGACUGGCUACAAGUCUCGCAAACUCUUCCUGUGUUUAAGCGCUCUGUUAUUUUGUAAUUUCUCGUUGAUGUUUUGUUCUUCUAUGUGCACGUUUUGUAUAUUUGCUCUUUUGAGUGGUUCAACGUUUGUGAACAUUUGUUGCCUGUGUUCAUUUGAGUUCAAGGAUACACAACCUCUUUGGCUUUGUAUAUUUCCCGAAAUACCAUUAAAGCAAGAAUCUGAUUGGUCAA